GAAGUAUCAGGGUAGGGUGUGCAGUGGCAUGGUGCUGAACGCUUGCUCAUACUGGAAUUCCCUCGGCAUUUUCCAGCUGCGGGGCUUUACUUUCUUCCGAAGGGCCGCGGCGCAAAAGGAGAAGCCGAUUUCGAUGAUUUAUGUUAGGGCGAGCUGGUGGAAAUUUGUGGCGCCGUCUUUGCAUAAACAAGGGGCUUUAACUUGACGUCGCCUGGCCGCUGGAAGCCCCCUAAGCGCGAUGGGGGUGAAGGUGAGAACCUUCGGUAUCGUCUUCGACAGCGAGGAGCUGAGCAGCUACUCGAGCGGCGACCAGGUAGCGGGCCAAGUGCUGCUAGAGGCGAGCGAGGAGCUCGCCGUGUCUGCCCUGCGGCUGGAGGCGAAGGGCUGCGCUCGGGUCCACUGGAGCGAUAACCCGGCAGCGCCGAGCGCCCCCGCGGUGCCCCGCUACCGGGACGAGGUGGUGUACCUGCACCAGCAGCAGAUCCUGCGCCAGGCCCCAGAUGAUCAGGGAUACUUCAUUUUACAACCUGGGAAACAUGAAUUUCCAUUUACGUUUCAUCUUCCACAGGGGCCAUUGGUCACAUCCUUCAAUGGAAAAUAUGGCAGCGUUCAGUAUUGGGUAACAGCAAUACUGGAGCGGCCUUGUGUCUCAGAUCAAGUUGUGAAGAGAGAGUUCUCUGUGACAAGUCAAAUUGAUGUGAAUGCACCAUAUUUCUUGUCUUCAGUGUCAAAGAGUAAAGAGAAGACAAUUGGUUGUUGGUUUUUUACUUCUGGACCAAUUUCACUAAGUGCCAAAAUUGAGCGAAGUGGAUUUUGUAAUGGUGAAGCAAUCCCAAUAUAUGCAGAAUUUGAAAAUUGCUCUUCACGCCUUAUAAUGCCAAAAGCUGCUAUUUUUCAAACCCAAACUUAUCUUGCAAAUGAGAAAACUAAGACCUUCAGACAAAUGAUUGCAAAUGUCCGUGGAAACCAUAUUGCAUCUGGUAGCACUGAAUCGUGGAAUGGAAAGACCCUCAAAAUUCCACCAGUGAACCCAUCUAUCUUAGACUGCAGCAUCAUCAGAGUGGAAUACUCUUUAGCUGUCUAUGUACACAUUCCAGGUUCUAAAAAGUUGAUGCUAGAGCUUCCUAUAGUAAUAGGAACAAUUCCAUAUAAUAGCUUUGGAAGUAGAACGCCUAGUGUUUGUGGCUAUUUCAGUAUGGAUAUGAGUUGGCUUCAACUCGCCCUACCUGAACAACCUGAAGCUCCACCCAACUAUGCUGAUGUUGUAUCGGAGGAAGACCUUGCCAGACAUUUUCCAUCUCUUCCACAAGCUGAUGGUUUGGAGCAUGAAUUUGGAAGCUCCACAUUUGCUUACAUUCAAGAGUUCAGAUUUCAGCCACCGCCAAUUUAUUCAGAGGUUGAUCCUAAUCCUACCUUUUCAGAAGAAGUACAGUAUGAAGUAUUGUUUGAAAUUUAAAGGAUGUAACAUGAGAUCACAUGGUUAGUUAUGAGUGGAAGAAUGGAUCACUGUGGAGCUGCAGGAGGAACAUCUGAAAGGAAGUGAAUUAUGAACUGAGUUAUGAGAAGGUGCAGAAAAAUUGGGUGGCAGAGGAAUGAGGAAGAAUGACAGAUAUUAAUCCUGCACUUGGGAGCUGGAAAAGUGAAAUUUUAAACACUCUAAACACGACAGAAUAAUGGAAACUUAAUUUUUGAGUUCUAAACACCCAAAUACAUUCAAUUUCAGACUUGCUAUUACAAUAGCGGCUAACAGUUGGUGAUGAUGCAGUCACUAACCAAUUACUAUAUUUGUUUUUCGAAGGAGAAAAGACUGAACAAUUGGGGUCUGCUUAUCCUCGGGAGAAUCAACAACUAAUGUUUACGUUUGCAUAUCUGUGGCCCUUAAAGCACCUACUGUAUUUUCUGAGAGCGUAUUCUUUAAUUAUUAAGAUUACUGCCAAUGUUACUUUAAUUGAUGAGCAAAUGAAUAGCUUCAGUAAAUAAUUGCCAUUUCUGUGUUUGUAGUUACCAAAGAAAUUUUUUUAAACUGUUUCAGUUACAAAUUUACAUUCAGUUGAUAUACUUGGGGUGCAUAAUCCACUUGUUGCCUUCACAAAUGCAGGCCAGCUGAAUAAAUAAUUUCCCAGUUCCAAGUACCAUCUGAAUACGUGGAGAACAUGGGGACGAAGUGGUGGUGCUGUCAAUAAUAUUAAAAGAGAUACUUGGACAAUUGUAUAUGCUGAUCAAUUGUUCAACACUAUUAAUGUUGGAAUACUGGCUGUAAUGCCAUGAUUUUCUUUUUGUGUGAAGGUAUUUGCAGGAUAUUUGUUUUGUUUUGACUGAUACUUGCCAGUUGUUGACAAAGUACUUAAAUAGGGAUUGGUUGCUUUCCAAGACAGUAUGUUGAAUUUGCAUGUAAACUGGAUCCCUAAAUUAAUUGCAUGUAUUUGUAAGCCAUCAUUUUUUUUAAAAGAGAAAGACAAGCUGAAUCUUGAGCAAAGAGAUAUGACUUCUGCAUGUCUGAAAAGCUUUGCUGUCAUUUCUCAGAGUAAAGGACCACAAGUUUGGUUGAGAUUUUGGAAUGUACACAAGUUACUUUAAAAAGAAAAGCACUUAUUUGAGUAGCAAUCCUGCAUUUAAUUUAUUUAUGAAAUACAUUACAGUAUUUCAUGUGGGAGUUUGAUGCUAGUAAUUAUUACUCCCUUUUUCUCCAGCAUACUGUUCACUACUAUGUAGAAUUCCCAAUUUGAUUUCUAAUUCGGAAAUUUAAUGGUGCAAUAUUGUUUCUCAGGGUUUUGACUUAUGCACUCUUUUUUUUUAUUUCUUGUGUUUGUGAGCUUGGGAUGACUUUUGUUCUACUUGCUGAAGAAUCUUGAUGCUUAUUCCUGGCGUUACUUCUCAGUUGUUCAGUGCUGUCAUUUAAUAGCAAAGAAAACUGGAUCUUUUUGUUAAAUUAUGAACCAUUCUAGCCAAUCAAGAAGUGAGAACUUGGUUAUCUUCAAUUGUAUUUUAUUAGCGAAAUGAGUUUUAUUUGAGUUCAUUAUGGAUUGUGUUUGACAACUAACACUUGGCAAGGUAUCUUUAAAUUUUUGAACCUUGUGUGAAAAUUCUGGAUCUAAAGUGAAACUACAAGAAUUUUGACUGUGAUAAGUAUGGAAUCUAAUGUCUUAAAUCCAGUAUAAACAAUGCACUUGGCUUUUGGAAAAUGUCAAAAUUUGAUUUGAAACUACUUACAAAAGUAAAAACACUAUAAUUUUAAGCAUUAUACAUGCCCUGUGUAACUUUUUAUUUUCAUACCUUUUCAUUAACUGUGGUGGGGAGUUCGGCAAUUAUUUGUAUCCCUGAAGUGGCCUUGUUUAUGUUAAGUCUUGGUUUAUCAUUAAGGAAUCAUUUUAAAUGGAAUGAGAAAUAAGCACAGAGGUGUUACUUUGAAUGUGAAAUUACUCAAUAAGCUAAAUGUGCUUUAUCCUUUGCCGUUAUAACUGUGACUUUUUCCAUUGUCUUCUUGCAACAAGAUGCAAAGAAGUGUAUUUUGUACUAUUUAAAUCAAAUGCAACACUUUAAUAAAUUUUUUUGGAAAACUAGA